AUGGAUAUUUCACAAACCACCCAAGGGGACAUAAACGAAAAGCAGCCUUCAGCUGCUGCAGAGUCCAGCAGCUCAGUCGACAAUGCAUCAACAAGCCAUGGAGAACCGGAGAUAGUCCUAAGCAAAGACGGCUUCAAACUGUUUCCCCAGCCAGUUCUCGGCGAUGAUCUCGACCCUUUGAAUUGGUCAUUCUUUCAGAAACAUGUAAUUUUGUCCAUUAUUAUGGCAAUCUACUUCAUGUUCACCUUCAUCACAACCACCACCGUACCCUCAUUCCCCGACUUGCAAGAAAAAUACUCAGCCAGUUUAGAACAAAUCAACUGGACCGUCGCCAUUCCUGCUCUUGGUCUAGCCGUCGGCCCCCUGCUGUGGGCUUCCGUGGCAGAUAUCAUCGGACGUCGCCCUAUUCUCAUUUUCGGCACCGUCAUGGCACUAGCUUCUACGGUAGGUGCUGCUCUUGCACCGAACUACUCUGGAUACAUGGCCGCACGCUUCUUCCAGGGACUCGGUGUUAGUCCUGCCUCAAACGUCGGCCUGGCUGUCAUCAACGACCUCUUUUUUGAACACGAGCGUGGUCAAAAGGUGGGACUCUGGGUGCUGGCAAUUGAUUUGGGUCUCCUCUUUGGACCUUUGAUAGGCGGCCUGGUUAAUCUUGCUGGUUACGCUUGGAUUCAAUGGCUUUCUGCUAUUCUCUUUGGCGUCAUUCUACUUGCCGAAAUAUUCUUUCUGCCCGAGACUUUGUAUCCGAGACGUCUCAUGCUAUCAGCGUCGCAGGGGACAAACGAAAUACAACCUAGUGCAGAAAAGUUUGCUGGAGAGCAUUCUUCCAUUGACAACACUCACGUGCCAAAGACAAAGGGUCUAUCGUUUCUAAACGUCAAGCCGGUCCCUGGAGUUCAACAUCCUAAGGUGUAUGAUACAGUGGUUAGGUUCAUCAAGACAUUCAAGUACACUGUGGUUCCUAUCUCCAUCAUGACAUAUUGCUUUGGCUGGUAUUGGUGGGUAUUAUCCGUGGUUACUUUGGUCCCAGUAGCGUACGAGACGUACUCUCCUCAGAUUCAGGGCCUACUUUAUUUGGGUCUCAUCGUAGGCACGCUCAUCUCCGAAGUUUGUUGCUCCGGAAGCCUCAGCGACCUGAUUGUGAUCAAGCUGGCCAAGCGCAAUGACAAUCAGAAGACACCAGAAAUGCGCCUCUGGCUUGCAUAUCCAGCCGCUCUUCUCACUGCUGUUGGACUGAUCGUUUGGGGAGUCAGCGUUGACCGCAACUACCACUGGAUGGUGGGUCAAGUUGCUUUUGCUAUUUUUGGCGCCGGGAUCCAAAUGGGAAAUACUGCCGUCUGCUCCUAUGUUGUCGAUGCGUAUCCCAUGCAAAGCAUGGCCACUAUGACUUUCUACGCGGUGAUGCUAAACUUAUCUGCGUUUGUUGAUCCGUUCUUCAUUGUCCCGUGGGUGGAGACUGUUGGAUUUACCUGGACGUUUGCUGGACAUGCCAUUAUCACGCUGUUCUUUUGCGUUCCGGUUUUGGCUUUGCUUCAUAGAUAUGGGAGACGGUUAUCUGAGAAGUCUGGUUCCCCAACUUGGGUUAACCCUGAGUUUGAAUAG